GUUUUACAUGAGUUAAUGCCAUCUCUGUUAUGUUUACGGGUGCUAACAUUGUCAGAAUAUGAUAAUAUAGUUGAGUUACCCAAUUCUAUUGGUAACCUCAUUCAUUUGCACUACUUGAAUCUCUCUAAUACCGGAAUCAAAAGGUUACCUUCUACAGUUUGCACUCUCUAUAGUCUACAAACAUUACUAUUGGCAGGUUGUUGGUCUCUUUUUGAAUUGCCUGCAGACAUGAGAAAAUUGAUUAACUUGAGGCAUCUUGAUUGUAGUGGAACUCAAAUUGAAGAGAUGCCGGUGCAAAUGGGUAGACUAAAAAGUUUGAGAAUAUUAACUAUUUUUGUUGUGGGGAAAUCUACUGGGUCGACUAUUGGAGAAUUGAGGGAGUUGUCUCAUCUUGGAGGAAAACUUUCUAUUUUGAAGCUUAAUAAUGUUGUUGACGGUACGGAUGCCUUGCAAGCCAAUUUGAAGAACAAGAAAGAUCUUAAUGAGUUAGAGUUGGCAUGGGGCUCCGAAGAUGCCGAUCAUUCCGAAAAGGUGAGAGGUGUACUUGACAAGCUCCAACCUUGCAUGAAUCUGGAGAAAUUGACCGUCAAACGUUAUGGUGGGACCAGCUUUCCGAACUGGUUGGGAGACUCUGCCUUCAAUAAAAUAAAAGUUAUGCACCUCGAAGACUGUCAUUAUUGUUUCGAGUUGCCACCGCUUGGACAGCUACUUGCUCUUAAGGAACUCUUCAUAUGUAAGAUGAAAUUUCUUAGGACGUUAGGUCCUGAGUUCUGUGGUCAGCCAUUUCAGCCAUUUCAAUCACUGGAGAAGUUGGAGUUUAAGGAGAUGGCAGAGUGGGAGGAGUGGGUACUAAGUGGAAGCGGAGGUCCAGAGUUUCCUCGUCUCCAGGAGCUAAUUCUAAAACAGUGUCCGAAGCUGAGAGGAAGCUUGCCUUAUGAUCUGCCUUCCUUGAAGAAGCUUAUCGUGAAAGGGUGUGGGGUUUUACAUGAUCAAAGGGCCACUGCUACUACUAAUACUAGUACUAGUCUCAACUACAAUUGUCUUGAAGAACUGGAAAUAGAAGAUGGAUGCCAAACAGGUCUGUUAUCAUUGCUAGAGACAAAGCUCUUGUCCAACCUUUACAUUCGACAUUUUAAUGACAUACAGUGCUUGCCCAACAUCAAUCGUCUUAAAAGUUUGAUUCUCUCGAAUUGUCCAACCCUAUUGUCGUUCCCUGAAGAUGGCCUACCCACUUCGUUGACUUCACUUGACAUAUAUAGGUGUAGGAGAUUAGAAUUCCUACCUCAUGAGAUGUUGGCCCAAUUAACAGCGCUCGACUCUUUGACGCUAUGGAAUAGCUGUGAUUCAAUGAGGUCCUUCCCCUUGGGCAUUUUUCCCAAAUUGACGACACUUGAUAUUCGCAAUUGUGAGAAUCUGGAAUCGCUUUGCUUGAUUGAAGAAGAAGGAGCGGUCGAGAAUCUCAGUCAUCUCAAUAAUUUAAAUAUUGAAGGCUGUCCAAAUUUGGUGUGUUUUCCCCAGGGAGGAUUGCCCACUCCCAACCUGACUCAAUUGUGUUUCAGCAGAUGCGAGAAGUUGAAGUCAUUACCUGAACGCAUUCACACCCUCACAGCCCUAAGAUUAUUGGAUAUAAGGGAUCUUCCAAAUCUGGAGUCAAUUGCAGAAGAUGGGGGUUUGCCUCCCAACCUCCGAUAUUUUACAAUUGAGCAUUGUGAGAGACUGAGGGCUUCAUCUUCAUCAGUGGGAGACUGGGGUUUGCAAGAACUUGUCUCCCUUGAAGAAUUUAUAAUUGGUGGCGGGGGAAAUGAUGAAAUCUUGGAGACGUUGCUCAAGCAACAGCUGCUCCCUACCACUCUUCACUAUCUCCGCAUCAAGGAACUUUCGACUCUGAAAUCUUUGUAUGGAAGGGGACUUGCACACCUUACUUUUCUUCGAAGUCUAUCUAUUGGUAGGUGUGACAGUCUGGAAUUCCUGCCAGGAGAGGCACUUCAACACCUCACUUCUCUUCAAGAGCUAUAUAUUUCCAAUUGUCCGAGUCUCCAAUUCCUGCCAGAAGAGGGUAUGCCGCCAUCUCUUUCUUAUCUGCAUAUCUACAAAUGCUCUGGCCUAGAGAAAAUGUAUCAGAAUAAGACGAGACAAGAUCAUUGGGCCAGCAUAUCUCACAUUCCAUGCAUCCGGAUAAAUGAUGAAGUGAUCAUAUGAUGAUAUGACUGCUCUCUCUCUCACAUAGAGACAAACAAACUCAGGUCACACGCCCUACCGAGGCCCAUAGCAUACCGAGGGCCCAACAUCACUAAGUUGAGCUGAAAGAAGCAUUCCACUUUGGGAAAGAGAAUAGAAGGAGUCAGUCUUAUAAUAGGAUCCCUCUGUCUUGCAUUGGGUUAACUGGAGCUUAUAUAAAGCGAUACGCAGAAGAGAGAGAAUUCGAUCAACUCCUUGAGUUGCUUCCUUAGCUUUGAUAGGUCAGGGGGACCAUUUUCAGGCGCAAAGCCUCGGGUUCCAGCUCUAUCUUAUGGUCCACCGAAAGGUGCCUAACCACUUUUUUGCAUCGACAGCUUCUAAUGAAAGUAUGUGUCUCAUCAAAAAGAAAAAGUUUUGAUCGAUACUUACUGCUUAUUUUGAACUGAAGACAUAGGUGGCACAAAACGCGCAGUCGUACUUCCGUCCUAAUUGGAAUGCCAUCUCAUCUUCUAUAUACUGUUACCAGGUUGAAGCUUGUGUAUGUUAGGCUCUUGUAGUUCUGAUCACAAAAAUUGCUUGACAAAUCGGAAGUCGCAAUUAGGCUCUUGUAGUUCCGAAUAAACCGAAAUACACAUUUUAAACAAUUUUUAUGUCAAUUGCCCCAAAUUUGCCAUCAAUUUUGCAUCCAAUUAACUUUUGCAGUUGCAUCGAAUACUUCUUCCCAGAUCAUGCUUGCUCUCUGUUGUUCAGCACAUUUUUAUUUAUUUAAUUCAUAUUCAUUUUUUACUUAUAACCAUAGGCACACUCUGUUUUAAUUUUGUUCAUUUAUUGUUAGGAUGUUUAAUCUCUGUUUUGAGGUUGUGUUAACUUGUCCCCUGUUUCGUUCAUAACAAGCAUCACUUUCCAUUCAUGAUUAAGUAAUCUUUCAUCAUAAAAUUCCUUUCUCUACGUAAUAACUUGAAAACGUCAUUUAUGAGUUUCCUUUGAGAUGUAUGAAUAACCUGUGAGAGCUCAAGUUCUAGGACAGACAAUGUUGAGGAAACUCCAUGCUUGGUCUUGUACAAUACUAAGAUUUUCCUCCGGUAGGGAAUCACAUAAGUGUUCCUUAUGCAAUGAAUAUUAAUGCUGCACACUUCAUUAAUGACUUGUUUAUUUAGAAGAAACAUUUUUUAUUGAAAAAAGAUAGUAAAAUACCACAGAAGUGAACAAGUACUCGUCCACCACAGAACAGAAACAGAGCUGAUCUUAAGAGAAAUACAACUAUAAGAGCUUUAACAAAGAAAUUAUCCUUGAGCUGACUUCCAUCCCUGAAUUG